AUGUCGUCAUCAUUGUUGUACUUGUUUGGCUUGGCUGUGGUCGCCUUUGGGCAGCCAUUUGUCGAUGUUCUGUCCCUGUCUUCUGCUGACGCAGACACGUACCGUCAGCAAUUAGUUUCGAUGGUAAAUUCCAAUCCUAACUCAACUUGGAGCGCAGUUUAUCCGCCUGUCCAGCGUUUCCAUGGCAAACCAUAUUCUGUGCUGGCGUCCCUUGCUGGAGUGCUUGGCGGGGAUCCUUCUGAGAACGCUGCCGCCUUACCCGUCAGGAAGCUGGCAGAUUUCACCACCGCCUUUGGCACUCAAGACAUUCCUGCAAGUUUCGACGCCCAAACUGCCUGGCCCCAGUGUCCAAUCAUAGCUGAAAUUCGGGACCAGUCUGCGUGUGGAAGUUGUUACGCCGUGUCAGCUGCGUCUGCUGCGACUGAUCGAUUUUGCAUCCACCACAACGGAACUAUCUCAGAGCGUCUGUCUGAGGUGGACCUGAUGAGCUGCUGUUUCAAAUGUAAAGGCUCUAAUGGAGGCUGCUAUGGUGGCACGCCAAGCCAUUGUUGGGAUUACAUGUCGCAGCAGGGCAUUGCUUCUGGCGGGAAAUAUCUGGAUAACAGUAUGUGCCUUGCAUAUCCAUUCCCGCCCUGCGACCAUCACAUAUUUGGAACAUACGGUGCUUGCUCCGCCACGACAUACAAUUCGCCUACAUGUUUCUGGGCAUGUGACUCAAAUUCUUCGAGUAAAGUUAGUUAUGACAAGGAUCAAGCUUCACACUUGUUUGCCACUUCUUAUAAAGUUGACGCCAACGUGGAAGCCAUACAGCGCGACAUCCUAGCCCAUGGCCCUUCUUCAGCUUCGAUGUUCCUUGUGCCAUCUUUUGAAGUUUACAGGUCAGGUGUUUACACAACUACAGACCAACAGUACAUAGGCGCGCACGCAGUGAAGAUCAUGGGCUGGGGAAUCGACUCUGGAUUGCAUUAUUGGGUGAUCGCGAACUCGUGGAAUGCAGAGUGGGGCGAGGCCGGUCGCUUCCGUAUAGAGCGCGGCAAGAAUGUGCUUGGCAUCGAGAGUGGGGUUGUUGGUGGAUCCGUUGUCGGUUUCCCAUCGGCACCUGAAUCCAUUGUUGUCUGA